AUGGUUAACCAAGCCACAACUAGCCCAACCCCCCAAGCCGACUUCACCUCUGACAGUGGCACGGCCCUUUCCGGCCUCGACAGUAGCCUGCUACAAAGCCAGAUAGCGGACCAGAUUCUCUUAAACGAGGCUACUUUUGGAGAAGUGGCGUCGCUGGACGAGCUGUGCUUCAAUCCGAUGGACACCCUCUUCCAGGAUAUUGACUUCUACAGGCCGCUGGAUCUCGAUUUCGAUGACCUUGGUAUCCCACCGCUGGACUUCCCGAAUCCUACUUCCUGGGACCCGUCCCGUGGCUAUGCUGCAUUCCAGCGCUCGCCAUGGCUCUGCGAGGCCAAGCAGGAGAAGCCUACACUGCCGGUAAAGGAAGAGUUGUCACACUUCACCCAAGAUGACCACCGACUGGAGAGCUGGAUCCAUGCCCCGUCGUUCCAUCCGGAUGCCACUGCGCCCGAGCUAGUGGCUGCUGUCAUUUCAAGUGGUGCAACCUUUACUGCGGUGCCUACCAUAUGGCAGUUCGGCCUGGCUAUGCAGGAAAUUGUCCGAGUAAAAAUAUUCAGCGGGUUCGAGGAGAGCAAUGCCCAUACCAGAGACCUGAAGGCACUGCAGGCAUUCAUGAUGUGUUUAGACGUCGGCAUGUGGAGCGGCCGCAGAGAUAAGCUGUUACGACAGGCCGCCAUGUUCUCGGCGCUGGCCGACUCUUCCGUCACUCUCCCACUUGACUCCGACCCUAGCGAGGUCGUCGAGGAAAAGUGGCAGCAAUUCAUAACCCAUGAAUCCUAUAAAAGGCUUGCUCUCCAUGUCUUCACGCACGAUGUGCAGACAUCCAUCAUCCUGCAGAAGAACCCUCUGAUUACCUUCAACGAGCUGUCUUUUAGACUGCCCGCAUCUAGGGACCUCUGGAGUGCGCCCACAGCAGAUGCAUGGCGCCAGCUAUGCCUCUCUAAAUCAAAACAGUCCCCCUCCGGUCCCAUACCCCGUGUCUUCGAGGUCAUGCACAACCUUGGCGUUCUCGACGAGCUGUGGCAAUGCAUCGAUGUAGAUCUCUGCUACUGGAUUCUGCUGCACGGCUUCUGGGGGCAAAUACACGCGUACCGAGAAAGCAUCCGCUUCUAUGCCACGGCGAGCACGGAUGAGGGCAUGCACUGUCUGUGGCUCAAAUCGCAGCAUCAGGAGCUGUACCACGGCCUCUGUGCUUUUUCCAGCGCGAUAACUACCGCGGAUUUGCAGAACCACAAUGCAAAUCUGUCCUUCAUCCUCGACUUGUUCCUCAUGGUUUUGCACGUGUCACUAAGCGAGCUGCAGCUGUUUGCAGGUAUGGCCGGCGAGGAAGAGGCUCAUCGAGCAGCAGCGAUGCUGGAACACAGUUGGGUUAACACUGCCGAGGCGAGACACGCCGUAUGGUACGCCGGACAAGUGUUUUUGCGGGCCACGAGACUUUCGCCGGCCAACUUAGAUGGAUUCAAUGCUAUCGCCGUGUAUCUGGCCAGCUUGACCCUCUGGGCCUAUGGGACGCUGCGCUGUGCAACACCGCAUCAGACUGACGGAGCUAGACGACUCUUUCUUGCGGCUGGAAAAUCCAAUUUUGUGCUUCUCAAUGGCGAGGAGACAAGAAACACAAAGGCCUUUUUGCAUUUGAACAAGGGCAUGCCCGCCUUGGUCACUUCAGAAGGAGCAGUCGAGCCACUGUCGAAUCCGCCGGUGGCUUUGGCGAUUGCCAGAAGAAUCCUCCGGGAUAACAUUUCUGUGCGGUCAGAGCCUCUGCUGCCCUUAGUGGAAAGUCUGGAUAACCUGUUGAGAGAUCUCUAA